CGAAAAACAAUCACAUGUCAAAUGGCCAGGCAAGCUUGCAAUAACGAAAAGCGGAAGGCGAACGCUUCUCCUUCGCCAUCUCCGUGAGCAUAGUUGCUUGAGAACUAGUAAGUUACUAUUACCUUCAGUAAUCUGUGUGGUGUGACGUGAACAGGAACUCCGCCAAACUUAUCUCGUAGUCGGGUCUUUCGCUGCUGUCUUGAAGCUAUUCACUCCAGCACGAAGUCGUCGACGCAUCUGUAUCUCGCUGCUGCCUUCCCGUCUGUAGCUCAGAACCAGCAGUGUUUUGUUUCUCGUGUGUGUGUGUGUGUGUGAGAGAGAGAGAGAGAGAGAGAGAGAGAGAGAGAGAGAGAGAGAGAGAGAGAGAGAGAGAGAGAGAGAGAGAGAGNGGGAGAGAGAGAGAGAGAGAGAGAGAGAGAGAGAGAGAGAGAGAGAGAGAGAGAGAGAGAGAGAGAGAGAGGGAGAGAGAGAGAGAGAGAGAGAGCAGUCGGCGACGAUGUUUUCGGCGAAGAGGAGAACCCCAUCUGGUGGGCUUACGGAGAGAGGAAAGGACAAAAUCUCCAAGGAUGACGACUACUCGGUUUAUGAGCACACUCUUCGGCGGCUGAUAUCUGGGGCGAGAAUAAGCGCAGCGCCUCCAGCUGAUGUGCCCGGCGGAGGAUGGUUUGGCGCUACCAGCUGUGGUGGGGUAGGUAGGUGCGGAUCAAGCGUCAGCACGAGGACGGCAGGGUCUAGCUCGAAGAUAGUCUUCCGCCAUGUGGAGGAGCCUCCACCAUCGUUGGGGAAAUCGGCUGAGGUAGCGGCUAGUCGACAGGGCAAGGAGGUUGACCGGCAAGACGACGCAGAGGAGAGCUCCCCAUGCGCGAUCUGUUCCUCAUUCAGCUUGGGAACAUCCUGCGCUCAUUGCGAGAGGAAAAUCUGUGAGUUCUGCUGCAGAACGUGCGACGGGUGCCAGCAUGUGUAUUGCACGUCUUGCUCGACUCCGAACUAUGAGGAGCGUUAUGAUCGCACGUUCUGCCUGGAUUGCAAUGUCGAGGAGCUGCGCGGAGGUGGCAAAACGCACGCUGUCUCGUUUCCUCCGCCGUUCGCCCCGGUCGAAAGGAAAACCAAGAUGGAUUACGUGCCGCUCUCCGUAGCAUUCAUGCUUUGUCCACGUGCAAGCAGCAGCGGAAGUAACAGCAGCAGCAGCAGCAGUUGCAGCAGGAGCAGGGGAAUAGGAACUGCGUCAUCGUCUUCGUCGCUGUCGAUGUUCGCAUCAGCAGGAGCUAUUGGCGAUGCCAUGGAGAUGGAGGCAUGAGGCCAUCGUCUCCGUCUUUCUUCAAUGUCAAGGUAAAUCUUUCAAGAGAGGGAGGGAGGCUCGCGUAUGAGAGCUCCAAGCGACAACCUACCCUCCAGUCUCCCUUAGCUCCCAGGCAAUCCUCGCAGGAAGUUCCAUCCUCCAAUGGGAGCCCUGAGUCGGUUUGCGGUCACGAGUGGGGUACAGGUGGGAAUGGCGGCGGGAGAGGGGGGAGAGGAGAGAGUGGGUAGGACGGCGGAGCGAGAAGUUUGCUUCUGCCUUUCUUCCUUAAAUGUGUAUUGCUUAGAGUAGAUCCUAUGUCUGGACAUUAGAUCGUCUUCAUGAAGAGAUUCGCUCUCUUCCUAAAGUCUACACACACCUCUCUCUUGGUAACAAGCCGGCCGGCCCUUAUGGAGGUUGUGGCAGUGGGGUUGGUUGACAGGAAUGGCGGCGGCUGAUUGCAAAGAAUGGCCGACUUUUAUCGUCUUUUAUUUGGCCUGAGAUUGGAAAGAAAUGGCCGACUUUCAUCGUCUUUUAUUUGGCCUGAUGGCUGAGGACUGGAGCGGCGAACUGUUUUCGCCGCUAAUCUGUUUGGGUGGGGGCUUGUCCUAUUGCCCACGCAACGGAUGUGGGGCCAUAUUGCCUACGAACGGGUUCUUAAAAUCGCUCUCGGGGGUGCAACAGAAGGGCUCAAAAGGAAAAGUGCGCAUGCGGUAUGAACGAGAUUCACCUAUGGUAGUUCAGCUGAUGACCACCCUGGUCAAUGAUGGAUCGGGCACGUGGCUUUAACUUGAGAACUGAACAGGCCAAGCCGAAGGCGCCCAGGAGAGAAGUGUCUCUAUCUACGACUGGGUGCCGGGUUGAAGGCGUACCAUAUAUAUAUGGUUCCAUGGCUGGGCUAUGUGCCGUGCAGAUCGGCCCUAGGUAGUCCGAUGUAGCGCGCUAUAGGAGGCUAUAGCAGUCGCUGGCGUGUGUAUUUGUUGGCUUGGAAUGUAGAGCGGAGAUGACUGUUUGUUUCGUUUGGUUUGGUUUGGGGGGGAGCGGGGCAUGAUAUGAUGUCUUGUUUAGACAGGAUGUGAGAGCGAAAGGCGUUUUGUGUUAUUUUGUGUUAUUUGGUGUUAUUUGGUGUGCUGUAUAGUUCAGACGGGACCGGGCAAAGACACGUUUAGAAAUCUUGUUGCCGUGUUUUGGGGCUUUUAGAAAUCAAUCCCACGGAUUGUAUGAUGCACAGCUGAGUUUGACGCGUGCUUCGAGUUUAGACGGAGGAGGAACAGCAAGCUGUGUGAUUAGAGCUCUGAUGAAACGGGUGGCUGGCUCGAGGAGCGCUGUCGAGCAUCGAAGGGGUCAGCUUCACUCACUGGGUGACGUAAAAUAUACAGAUGAUUCGUUUCUUGUACAUCUGAGCUCCCAGUGUCCAACUUCACCGUGGUCUGUAUCCGAUGUAUUUCUCGAGUGUACCUUGUUUUAUUUUUUUCGGUUGCAUCUUUCGCCUACUUCUUUUUCUCUGUUCUGUUUUCGAGUUUUGACUCGGUUCUCUCAAUUGUGUGCAUAUUAUUGACAGAGACUGUAAUGAUUACUCCCAUGCGAAGGGCAAUGGUGGUUCUAUGCGGGGACGGUAUCAUCGGCGGUGUGUGAUCUUUUUGGACGGUAACGGUGGUUCGAUGUGAUGUCCGCAACGCUGGUUUCACUGUGGUUUAACUGUCGUUUACCCGUGAUUUACUGUAAUUGUGGUCUCACGUGGGUUUAACUGUGGUUUAACUGUGGUUUCACUGUGAUGUCACUGUUGGUUUCACUGUGGUUUCACGGCGGUUUGGUUUCGUGGUGGAUACUAACGGCGACGGUGAUAUGGGCAAAAUGCGAGUAUUAUGAACAGUGGAUUUGAUAUGGGAAUGAUAGCAGUGGGUUCCCUAUGGGAAUGGUAGUAGUGGGUUCCCUAUGGGGACGGUAAUGAGGCCGGCGACGAAGUCAAAUGAGGGGAAUGCACGUGGUUGUGGUUUGGAUGAGAGUCGGUGUGAUCCUUUCUGCUCUUAGAGUGGUACUCCAUUUCAUAAUAUUAUUCGGGUUGCUUUUCGGAUGAUCACUUGCAGGCUCACAUCAAAGGGGGGUUGCAUUUCAUCAUUGUUCCUUCACCGGUCGAAUGUGAAGUAGUGUAGUUUCUUCUUACAUCCGAUAUCCGAUUUCUCCUCCCCAAGUCGGGGUCCCAUUUGUUGGGCAAGUGCGGCUAUUCAUUCAUAUGGGAGUCUCUAUUCAAGUCAGGGUCCCAUUUGUUGGGGAAGUGCGGCCAUUCAUUAAUAUGGCAGUCUAUUUGGUAUGCGCCUGGAAAACGGUUCAGGUUCGACGUAUCUUUUUCUCGCACUGCUUCCGAUUGCAUUUGGCAGACGUCCAUUCGCUAUGGCUUGUGAACCUGACAGCGUCGCUCGAAGUAUUUAGUCUUUGGGCUCGAGUUUUAUUUUAUUUUAUACUCUUUAUACUUUGUGCUCGAGUUUUAUUCCAAUGAGACAACCGGGGCCCGGGAACACACCCCAGUGGGAGAUGUUUUGUUUGCUACCAUGACGACUGACGACGACUGGCGACAGGAUAUGCUUGUUCAUUUUUUCAGUAAACAUUUCUAGCGUUA